GCCCUAAUAGUUACGAGACUGAAAAAGGGAACUGACCGACUCUACAAAACAAAUUGAUACAGAACUAGAGCAGUUAAGGAAAAAUGGCGCCAAAGAUGCAUCGGCAACGCAAGAGAAAUCAAUCUCCGCCGCGCGAUCCUGCCGGAAUAUUCGCCGGGAUGUUUGUCUUCUUAAUAGAAAAUGGCGUCUCUAAACUCAGACUACAGGUAUGGAAGAAAAAAUUGUAUCAAAUGGGAGCAAAUGUGGAUGAUAAAUUCUCAACAAAAAUCACUCAUGUUUUCGCUAAUGACCUCGAUUCGCUCCUUCAAAAACUUGGCCGUCUACAAGUCUCCCGCUUCAAAGGACUCAUUCUCCGUUAUCAGUGGUUAGAGGACAGCUUGGUGUUAGGUGAAAAAGCAUCUGAGGAUUCUUACAUUUUACCAAUAGAUAAAGAAGAAAAAUUGUCCAGAUGUACUGUGAGGGAAAAGUCUGGCCCGGUAGCUGGUGAAUCUUUCCCUAAAUCAGCUAGUGCAGCUGAUUCUAUCCACAAUGAGAAGCUCCGCACCGAAAAGGUAAGUACCUCUUCAGAGGACUUGAAAAACACUUCUGCAGAAGAAAAGGAGAAGAUAAUACAAAAUACGGUAUCUGAGGCAUCCAACAGCAGCAGCAAAUCUGAUGACUUAUCUCACUAUAUCAGUGCAGAAGAAACUCACAGUCCAGACUCGUCUGAUGUUGACGAUAAGAAUGCAGGUUCAUCAGAAUCAUCACUGGUAUAUAAUCCUCCUGAUCUGAACAAGAAUAUUACUGGGAUAUUUGGAAAACUUAUCAACAUAUAUAGAGCCAUGGGUGAUGAUCGGAGGUCCUUCAGCUACUAUAAAGCUAUUCCAGUUAUUGAAAAGUUGCCGUUCAAAAUAGAAAGCAUGGAGCAGGUGAAGCACUUGCCUGCCAUAGGAAAAUCAAUGCAGGACCAUAUCCAGGAAAUAGUGACUACUGGUAAGCUAUCCAAGUUGGAGCAUUUCGAAACUGAUGAAAAGGUGCGUACGAUUAGUUUGUUUGGGGAAGUAUGGGGUAUUGGUCCAGCCACUGCUUUAAAACUGUAUGAAAAGGGUUGUCGAACUUUAGAUGAUCUGAAAAAUGAGUCUACAUUAACAAAUGCACAGAGGGUAGGGUUAAAAUAUUUCGAUGAUAUCAGAACAAGAAUCCCACGUCACGAGGUUCAAGAGAUGGAGCUUCUCUUACAGAAAGCUGGAGAGAAUGUUUUACCCGGGGUGGUGAUUUUAUGUGCAGGAUCAUAUAGACGCGGAAAGGCUUCUUGCGGAGAUAUGGACAUAAUAAUUACUCAUCCUGAUGGGAAAAGUCAUAUAGGUUUUCUAUCAAAAUACAUAAAGCAUCUGAAAGAUCUGAAUUUUCUGAAAGAGGAUUUACUUGUUGGUAUUCACAGCGAGGAGGGUACUGACUCAGGAGUUGACACCUACUUUGGUCUUUGCACGUAUCCUGGGGGAGAGUUACGCCAUCGCAUUGAUUUAAAGGUAUACCCCAAAGACAUAUAUGCAUUUGGGUUAAUACAGUGGACAGGGAAUGAUGUACUAAACAGGAGGCUUAGGUUAAUAGCCGAGUCAAAGGGGUUCCGGCUUGAUGAUAAAGGACUCUUUCCUGCAACAAAAAGUUCCGGAGGCAGUCGGGGCGUCAGAGCUACUGCAAGUUUGAAAUUCAAAACAGAAUACGAGGUUUUUCAGUUUCUUGGCUUUCCUCGGUUGAAACCAACUGAAAGGAAUCUCUGAGACAUUAACAGAUCUUAGUCUAGGCAAACCUGAAGUUUUUGUAACUGUAAAAAAAUCCUGGGGUGUAAAAUACAAGAAGUCUAUGAGACGUUAACAGAUCUCAGUUUAGGCAAACCAGAAGUUUUUUUGCUGUAUAAAAUCUUGGUGUGUGAAAUGCAAGUGAAAAUUCAAGUCCUAUAUGUAUAUGUAUAACCAGUAAGUAUUACAUGUCAAUGUUUGUUGAGGAA